AUGGAGGAAGUAGUUUUACCUCAUGUACAAAAGCAUAAUGUGCAAACUCCUGCUCGCAAGUCCUCAAAAGAUCUGUGGCUUGUUGUACGUGAAGGGCAUGUGGCUGAUGUAGAAAUGGCUUUGGCCCUGUUGAAGAAAAAUGGGGGAAAUAUUGAUUCAAGGAAUGCAUGUGGCCUCACUCCUCUGCACAUUGCGACAUGGAGAAAUCACAUACCCAUUGUUAGAAGGCUGCUUGCAGCUGGUGCAGACCCCAAUGCCAGGGACGGGGAAUCAGGAUGGAGUAGCUUUCACAGGGCUCUGCAUUUUGGUUAUCUUGUGGCGGCAAGCAUCCUUCUCCAGUAUUGUGCUUCUAUCACAUUGGAGGACUCUAAAUCCCGAACCCCUGCUGAUCUCCUUUCUGGGCCUGUGAUAAGGGCCGUUGGGAAUGGAGAUAAUUCAGUGGCUACGGAGGUGUUUAGUUGGGGUAGUGGUGUGAACUAUCAGCUAGGAACUGGAAAUGCACACUUACAGAAGCUACCUUGCAAAGUUGAUUCACUUCAUGGUUUACUUAUCAAAUCAGUUUCUGCUGCGAAGUUCCAUAGUGUAGCAGUUAGCGAUCGUGGAGAAGUUUACACAUGGGGAUUUGGUAGGGGCGGUCGUCUUGGGCACCCUGACUUUGAUAUUCACAGCGGCCAAGCUGCAGUUAUAACUCCCCGGCAGGUGACUUCUGGUUUGGGGGCCCGCCGGGUUAAGGCUAUUGCGGCGGCUAAACAUCACACUGUAGUUGCUACACAGGGCGGGGAGGUGUUCACUUGGGGUUCCAAUAGAGAGGGUCAACUUGGCUAUACUUCUGUGGACACCCAACCCACUCCACGGAGAGUGAGUUCCUUAAAAUCAAAAAUUGUUGCUGUUGCUGCAGCAAACAAACACACUGCUGUAGUUUCUGAGUCGGGUGAGGUUUUGACAUGGGGCUGCAACAAAGAGGGUCAACUUGGUUAUGGUACCUCUAACUCAGCUUCAAAUUACACUCCAAGAGUGGUUGAAUACCUGAAGGGAAAAGCUUUUAUUGGAGUUGCAACAGCGAAGUGUCACACAAUUGUUUUAGGAGCCAAUGGAGAGGUGUUUACUUGGGGUCACCGCCUUGUUACUCCAAGACGAGUUGUCAUUGCUAGAAUUAUUAAGAAAAGUGGGAGUACUCCAUUGAAGUUUCACCGUAAGGAACGGCUUCAUGUGGUUGCUAUAGCUGCUGGCAUGGUACAUAGCAUGGCUCUUACAGACGAUGGUGCCUUGUUUUAUUGGGUCUCCUCUGAUUCUGAUCUUAGAUGUCAACAGCUAUAUUCAUUUUGUGGAAGAACUAUUGCCAGUAUUUCUGCUGGGAAAUACUGGACCGCUGCAGUUACAGCAACAGGUGAUGUUUAUAGUUGGGAUGGAAAGAAAGGAAAGGAUGAGCCACCAACCGCAACUCGAUUACAUGGUGUAAAACGGGCCUCUUCAGUUUCUGUUGGAGAAACGCAUCUGUUGAUUAUUAGUUCUCUCUAUCAUCCUGUAUAUCCUCCUAGUAUUUUAAACAAUCCUCAGAAGCUAAAGAAAAACAUUAGGAAUGAAUUAGAUGAAGAACUUGUGUUUAACGAUAUGGAGUCCGAUAGAAUCUCAUCCGCUAUGCAGACGAAUGAUCUUGUUCACAGGCCUAUACCAAGCUUAAAAAGCCUUUGUGAGAAAGUGGCAGCAGAGUGUUUGGUGGAGCCACGAAGUGCUGUUCAACUGCUUGAAAUUGCAGAUGCGCUUGGGGCAAAUGAUCUGAGGAAGCAUUGUGAGGAGAUUGCAAUUCGUAAUCUUGAUUAUAUUCUCACCGUUUCACCACAUGCUAUUGCUAGUGCUUCAUUGGACAUUUUAGCCAAUCUUGAAAAAUUGCUGGAUUUGAAAUCAUCUGAACCGUGGAGCUACCGUCGGCUCCCAACCCCAACUGCUACUUUCCCUCCUAUCAUUGAUAGUGAAGAAGAGGACAGUGAGACUGAAUUUCUGAGGAUUCGUGAUAGUCAUACAAAAAAACCUACUGCAAAGAAAGAGAAAGACGAGAGGCUAGAUAGCUUUUUACAACCUUAUGAUGAUGCAAAUGAAGGCAUUAGCAAACAAAUCCGAGCUUUGAGGAAAAAGUUGCAGCAGAUUGAGAUGCUUGAAGAGAAGCAAUCUAGGGGUCAUCUUCUUGAUGACCAGCAGAUUGCAAAGCUUCAGACAAGGUCAGAAUUGGAAAGAUUUCUUGCUGAGCUUGGCGUUCCAAUUGGAAAGUUGCAGGCAAAAGCGUCUUCUUCAGUGUCGCCUGAUGGAAAAGGGAGUAAAAAGGUGGAGGUAUCAAGAAAACACAGGAGAAAGAGCAAACCAAGGGCAGCACAAGUAGAAGUCAAAUCUAUUAAUUGUGGGAUCACUCUUGAACCAAACCCCGUAAAGGGUUUCUUGGAUGUUGAAAUUUCUCAAGUCAAGCAUAAGGAUGAUGGCACAGAAGCCAAGCCUAGCCAAGUCACCGAAGUGUCUCCCUUCUGCAUUAAGGAAGACCUUGCAGACAAUCUGAAAAAUAAGAAUUCUUCGAUUUCAGCAUUGAAGAAAAAGAGCAGAAAAGGUGGCCUGUCUAUGUUCUUGAGUGGUGCUCUUGAUGAUAUUACCAAAGAAGAUUUUCCAGCAUCACCGAUGCCCAAAGCUGAGGGCUCUGCUUGGGGUGGUGCUAAGGUUCUGGAGAGAUCCACAUCUCUUCGGGAGAUACAGGAUGAACAGAGCAAAACCAAGGAGACUAAGUCAAUGAGAAGCAAAGAUCAGGUGGAAGCUGUUUCUGAUGGCAAAAAUGGUGGGACACUUCGAGUGAGUUCAUUUCUGACUUCCAAUCCAAUACCUGUGAUCCCAUGUCAGACAUCACAGGUACCUGAUGGAGAAAGAAGCACCCCUCCUUGGGCUUCUGGCACGCCACCUGUCCUUUCUCGUCCAUCUCUCAGGGAUAUCCAAUUGCAGCAGGGAAACAAACUGCAGUGUCUUUCCCACAGUCCAAAGACACGAACCACCGGGUUUUCUGUUUCUACUGGUCAGGUCUCACCAUCAUCAGACUCUUCCGGUCCAAACCGUUGGUUUAAACCAGAGGUUGAUACACCCUCAUCUCUCCGUUCGAUUCAGAUCGAGGAAAAAGCUAUGAAGGAUCUCAAGCGUUUUUACAGCAGUGUUAAGAUUGUGAAGAACCAGUCUUGAAAGCGCCCUGAACAAACGGUAGCUAGCCAUUUGUUUUCAUUUUGUUCUUCUGAUACUUUCCUUUCAGUCAAGGCAAUGCUGUAUAUCGACGACUGUAUAGGUGAUCUCACUGUACAUUCUGCUCUUUUUAGUUUGUAAGGUAGUUUUGUCUUCCUUUUUUCUCAUUCCCUCCUGAGGUUAGAGAUGAUCUGAGAAUUGUUAGUAAUAUGCUCUAAGACCAAUCAUAUAGAUUAUGUUUUGGGGUUGUAUUAGCAACAUUCAUUACUUAAUUAAAUAAAAGGGUAAGUUUAU